AACGUACCUAAAGGGUCAGACAGGAAGCGAAAAAAAGAAAAAAAGUCUUACCUUUUUUAUGGCAAGGGAGAAGAGUAUUUCUAUUUAGCCAUCGACAGCUAGCUGAUGAACAUGGCUAGCAGAAAGAAACGCCAGAAGAGCUCAGAUGUAUACAAACUUAUGUACGGGACAUGCCCUGAUGAAGAAUGUCAGACCAAGCUUUUUUUCCCGUCUUAUGACAAAAGUAUAGAGUGCACUGGCUGUGGGCAAAGACGUGAGAGGAGUGUGAUUACGAAUGUAGCUGAGGUCACUAACCCAGAAGUGGCUCUUCAUAACUUGCUAAAGAAUGUAUUACUUGGAAAUGUCAAGCCAAAGAAAGGUGCAGACGAUGUUAAGGUUAUAGGUCUUUCUAAUUAUGUUUGCAAGUUGGUUUCACCCAUUCUGACUUACUAUGGUAUGGAUAAAACUGGCAAGGCUAAGCUUUUGUCUGAAAUGGGCAAAAAUUCAGUGUUUGAUGUCAGUGUUUUAGGAGACCGCUCUUUCGUGAUUGAAGAAGAAAAUCUGGAUGUGAUUGGCUAUGGUCGUGAUAAGACUGGCAGUAUUGCUUAUCUGGCAGACACGUUGAAAGAUAUUGAAUCUUUCAAUGACCAUGAAUCACGCUUAAUUCCGAUUCAUGCAGAUGGUGAUGGCCAUUGUCUGGUACAUGCAAUUUCUCGCGCUUUGGUUGGACGAGAGCUGUUUUGGCAUGCACUGAGAGUGAACCUUAAGGCUCACAUGAUAGAACACUUAGACAAAUAUAAGCAGCUUUUUCACGACUUUGUUGAUACAGAUGAAUGGGUCACCAUUAUUGACGAGUGUGAUCCGUAUUACAUUCCACCAGAUGGGGAUGCCUUGGGCCUUAGAAACAUCCACAUAUUUGGGUUGGCCAAUGUUCUUCACAGGCCCAUCAUUCUGCUUGACUCCAAGAGUGGACUUGUUAGUUCUGGGGACUAUUCUGGUGUGUUUCUGCCUGGAUUUGUUGAUCCAGCUCAGUGUCUGAGGAAGGACGGUACCCCAAACAAGCCCCUGUGUAUUGCCUGGAGCAGCUCCGGUCGCAACCACUACAUUCCCCUUGUUGGCAUUAAGGGGAAACCUAAAGCCAAUAUUCCCAGCUACAUGGCCGAGAAGUCGUGGGGAAUGCCAAAAGAGGAGAUCAAGAAAUACAUUGAGUUUGACACCAAUAACUGCUGUAUUGUGGGUGGAGACAAAAGUCUCACUGAGAGAUACCUAAAGCAGCUUGUGUCCGCCAUGGAGGAAAUCUUCAUUGAGAAAUACAACGUCAACCCAAGUUUGGUAGCUGAUGUCCAUCAGUAUAUAUACAAGUCCUCUGGUGUAGUUGGUGUGCAUCCUGAUGAAGUAAUAGAGCGUACCAAGUUGUCAAUACAGGGGGAGCAGUUGUAUCGAUGUUUGAUGUGUGAUGCUCUGAUAGAGUACAUUCUGGACAAAGACAUGUUUGAGAGGGGAGGAAGCCUCCACAACCUGGCCUUGAAGAUACACAAAAAAUUGGACACCAACAAGCUCUACUCCUUUCCAAUACAAGGUGCUGUUUGUUCCUAUGAUGAAGAUAAAGAUUGCCUGAUACCAGAUAAGAAGAGGAGCAAGCCAAAGGCUUGUGCUUUCUGUUCAGGUGGUAUGUUGCGGAAGGUAGCGGCUGAUGGUUCAGUGGAGUACAUAAACGGGGACCGCACAAGCACUCCGUGUGUGGGGAGCAAGUGCCCUUGUGGUUUCAAACACUUCUGGAAUGGCAAGGAGUACGACAAUUUGCCGGAGUUAAUACCAGUGUCCCUACACUGGGGUGGGAAGACAGUGACAGAAGAGAUUGCCUGGUUCCAGUCGGAAACUGACAACACACUUGACAGUAAUGUGUUUGAGGUUGCACAGAAUCUUGUGCAAAAACAUUUUCCCGGGGAGUUUGGCAGUGAGAGAAUGGUACAACAGGUAGUGGACUCUAUCCUUGCCCAAUCUGCUGCCUCCCUGAAGGAAGGUGGCGCCACACAGAGACAAGACAGUGAGAAACCCAUGGACACGUUUAACCCAGAGACAGCCUCCAAGAUCAUUCUCACUGGAUUCAAGAAAAAGACAAUGCACAAGGAAGAGCUUGUUAAGAGUGAGAAAGAGAAGCAGGUUCUUUCCAACAUACAGACACAUGCACCCAAGAUGCAGCAGAAAAAAACAACCAAGGACACUGCGGCUACCAAAGCACACUCUGAAUUGGCCUCAGUAGAGAGCAGUGGGGACCAGUUUAUGGGAGAAAAAAUGGACCAGUCUCUCUCUGCUGGUUCCGAUUCAGUGCAAGGUGAAAAGAAAGUGCGUGUUCAAACAUCAGAUGGGAGACAGGUGAUGUUGACUCUUGUCAAAGAUGUGACAUACUCAGAACUGCGGAAGUUAAUGUAUGAUGCGGUAGGGGUCCAGGCAGAUUGCCAGAAAAUCCGCAUUGGUUUCCCACCAAAACUGUUAGAGGGGAAUGAGGAUACACUGCUUGAUAUCAAACAUGGGGACAAGAUCACCCUUGAGGUUCUACUGGAUAAAGCACCGGAUGUGAAGAUAUGUGAGGAGGCAUCAGGUCACAGUGAGGCGUCAUGGCGCGGGUUUGAGGAGGAUGCUCACAGUCAGACAGCGGAGAAACUUCUACAGGCUCUCAGAGACGUGGACCAUGGUGGUGACAGUAUAGACACAUCAAUAGCGUCACUUGGUAUCCUGUCUGCAGUGUCAGGGAAGGAUAUGUGGACAAAUGUACAGAGCAUGCCCCAUCUGUUCUCUGUCGGGGGACUGCUCUAUCAGCAAGUGAAGCGAGACCUUGGCCUCAUCGAUGGCAAACAUUGCCAGCUACCAUGUCUACCUGGCAAGGUGUUCCGGUACAAUGCCACUGAUGACCGACUGGAGCUUUGUCUGGAGCCCCAUGGGCAUUUCCAGGUGGAACCCAGGAUCGAAGCCCAGGUCAUGGAGGGCUUACGCACUGAUGCAAGGUCACAGGCCAAGUUUGGUGCCAGUGGGGCUGUUCAUCAACCUUCAGAUAGGGCGGCAUUUAGUGGACAAGGUCACACACUGAAGUCAAGUAUGGGGGCUGAUGCACGCAUGCCAGGAGACCUUGAGUAUACCCCUCGGGCCCCCCACGCACGGGGGUUCCAUGACCUCUGCUCCCUGCCAGGGUCAAACACAGAGUCUAUAUGCGAGGAACCAGAGCAGGAGGAACAUGCGGCACAUGAGAUGAAAACAGAGUCAGCAAAACUCCCUGUUGGUUACCAGAGACUGGCACCAGGUUACAGUGUGAUAGACCCAGAUAGGACAAAAGAAGACAACUCUAACAUUGAGAUGUUCCGAUCCCUAGCUGAACAUAUCGAAAAAACACUCGCAGAGAACAUGGAAGAAGACAAUGAAGAUGAUAAUAAAAAAAUGGAACCUAACCUGGCUGUAAUUGAAACUGAAGCAGACAAAAUGGAGGCUGACAUUGGUGGAAAGAUGGUGGAUAUGGGGGUCAUACAAGUAGGAGAGGAUCCCACUUGUGUGGUGGUUGAUGAACGCCUCUACAUAUGCUCCAAGUUUGCCAAGUCUGGUACUGACCUUGGUGAUGAGGUUGAUGCAGAAAGUGAGGCUAAGGAAGACACAUGCAAGAAGGUGGCCAUAGAUGAUACACUGGUGGACAAUGCAGUGAGAUAUGGCUCUUGGGACACAAUGGAAACACAGGCAGAAAAACAAGUAGAGACAGUUGAUAAAGAGAAGAAAGCCAGUGACAUGUUCACUGAGACAGAUGAAUAAACUACCAAUGAGACACAAGUUGCUAAUGCCAACCAGUAAUCAAACAUAUAUACAUGUAACUAGCCAUUAUAGAGAGAGUGUUCUUGCAUACUGGACGUGUGUUUCCGGUCAUGUGACCAGUGCUGGAAAAACCCAUCUUACAUACCCAAUGUAAGAUGAGUCACGCGCAACAACGCGCCACUUCUUAAUUCAUUUAUUGUAUGGUUUAUGAAAAAAAUAUUAUGCCAUUUCAAUAAAGCGCAAUCAAAUAUAAAUGUUUGCAAGACUUUUAAUUAAAAUUGAAAAUAAUUAAUAGUAAAAAAACACGCUAUUUUUAGUUUUUAUGCCCCCACAAAGUGGCGGCAUAUAGGGUUGCCCUUGUCCGUACGUACGUCUGUCUGUCUGUACGUACGUACGUCCCGAAGAUUGUUUCCGAUCUAAUUCUUGAAAACCGUUUGUCCAAUCCUCACCAAACUUUAAACACAUGUUUGUGACCAUAAUAUCUUGAUCAAGUUCGAUAGUCAUGGAAAUCGCUUUAGUCAUUUAGGAGUUACGGCCCUUUUUUGCCAAAAAUACUUCAAAAAUAUAUGUUUCCAAUCUAAUUCUUGAAAACUGUUUGUCCAAUCCUCACCAAACUUUAAACACAUGUUUGUGACUAUAAUAUCUUGAUCAAGUUCGAUAGUCAUGGAAAUCGCUUUAGUCAUUUAGGAGUUACGGCCCUUUUUUGCCAAAAAUACUUCAAAAAUAUAUGUUUCCAAUCUAAUUCUUGAAAAGUAUGUGUCCAAUGUGGAUCCAACAAGUUUUUUCCUGCCUGAAUGGCGCCAUAUAACCUAUACAGUCUUGCGAUGCCGUAAAACCCAACUCAACUCAACUUAUCCUAUAUGUGCAGAUUAUCCUGAAUAAUCAUUAUGGCUUAUUUUCUGUGACAAAAAAUCGAAGUGGGGGCAUCCGUGUCCUAUGGACACAUUUCUAGUUUAAAGUUACUGCGCUCUAUAAUGUCAGUUAACAAUGUCGCAUGCGUGUUUUGAUGUAAUUGUACAAAAGAAAAAUCCGACCCUCGGGCACGCUGCGUGGCCGGUAACCCGGCAAGCCUCGUUAUCGGCUUACGCACGUGCCCGAGGGUCGGAUUUUUCUAUCCAUACCGGAAACACAUGAUAGAUACUUAUAUGAAAUAGAUGAAAAUUCACUUUGGUUAUGCAAUUGUUUAGAUAAGAAGUGUUGAAUUAUCAUGGCACUUGUACAUUAUGGGUGUUAGACAUAUCAUGUCAAAUCAUGUUUUAUUUCUUUUUCUUAACACUUUAAAUCACAAUUUUGCAAAGCAAAUUUAAUGUUUUUGUGAUGUUAAUGGAAAAUAGAUGCGUGUCAGAACUGUUUUAAUGCAAAGGACAUUGUUCAUUAUCUCCUGUCAAACUGAACGUUAAGGCAGGGGAAUAAUGUUUUGGUGUUGUCCGUUUUUCUGUCCGUCUGUUUGUCCCUCACACUUUCUUCUGCCCAAAACUAUAUUUUGGUAGGGAUGGGUCAGAUUAUGUUCAAACCUGGUCAGAAUGUUCCCCUUGAUCAAAUUUCAGCCGCUUGUAAAAGUGGGUCGCAUGGGGUCAAAAACAAGAUCAUUAGGCUUAUUAAGUCUUAGAAAAAUCUUUGCAACAAACUAGAGGCAUUGUAUUUUCUUGCAUAUCAGACGUGUGUUUCUGGUCAUGUGACCAGUACUGGAAAAACCUGUCUUACACCCUCCCAUGUUGAUUCACUCUCAUCAACGCGCGACUUCUUAUUUCUUUUAUUGUAUUGUUUAUGUAAAGAACAUGAUGCCAUUUCAAUAAAACACAAUAAAAUUAUGAGUAUGGAAGACUUUUGAUUAAAAUUAAAAAUGAAUAAUCAUCAAAAAACAAUUUUUAGUGGAACUGUUUGACUUCAAAAGUGAUCUAAAAUUACUACAUUUUAUGAGGUCAGUACACAACAUCGCAUUCGCUUUUUGGUGAAAUGUACAAAAAUGCAUUAGAUACUAUUUUUUUCAAAAAUUGAUAAUUUUAGGUAUGCAAGAAAAAUAUCAAUUCCGGAUUUAAAAAUUUGAAAAAUCCGACCCUUGGGCAAGCAUUGUUGCCCGCUUACAUGUGUGCCUUUGGGUCAACUUUUUAUUAUCCAGACUGGAAACACAUGAAAGAUACUUUUAUGGUCUAAUAUUCAUCAAACUUAAGCAGAAUCUUUCCCUGUAUGAUCACUUGGACAUUUAAUUUAAAACUAUGUCACAUGUGAUAAAAAUUAAGGUCACUAGGUCAAAUGUCAAAUUUUUUUUUUUGGAACCAAUUAUAAUGGUACUGAUUGGGUAGAUAAUGUUAAAACUUGGACAGAAUGUUACCAUUGAUGAAAUCUCACUGCAUUUUAUAAGUGGUCACAUGGGGCCUAAAACUAUGUGAAUAGGUCAAAUCUUUGAAAAUCAUGUCCAAAACUAUAAUAAUGCUAUGGAUUGGAAUGACAGACAUGUGUAUUCUCCUUCUAUAAGUGACCACCCAAAGCCGUGUAUUGUACACAACCUUUGUGUAUUGAUCUUAAUCUAAUUGCCUAAUUGUCUUAUCAUAUCUCUGAUUAGAAUAUCCUGCUGUGCAGUUUUGGAGGUUUUAUUUUAGAAGUGGACCCUAAAUUGCCCUGAGCCAAUAAACAAAUAAACAGAAAAUUGGUGACUACUUUGUCAUCAGUGCAAUAAGCAGGAGAUGCGCAGCAGGAGAUUGUCAUGCUAAACAUUCCUUAAACUAGGCCUUUAAAGAAAAUGAUGCAUUUAACAAUUUGUAAAAUCACUUGACACCUCAGGCGAGGUCGUUGCUAAAUUAUGGCACAAAAGACUGGCAUGCUACUAAUCAGCAUUCUUUGUUAAUUGGCAUCCUACUAAUCAGCAUUCUUUGUGUAUCUUAAAGGCAUAUUAUAAUGCUUUCAAAACAUUAUAAAGAUAACAUUCCCAAGGUGUUAUUAAUUACCUUCGAUGUAUAAAAUUUUAAAACAUUUUGGCACGAAAAUUAACAUACACAACCUGCAGUUGUUUGCACUUACACACUGCACUAGACCUGUUUGGGCAGUCUGAUUGAUUUAUCAGCGGCUCUACUUAAAACAAGCUUUAGUUUUCACAAGCCAGACGUAAUAUUCCUUCUAUUUUCUCAAUCAAAAACAUAACAUUUGAAAUGACCCUGAACCAUGACGUAUUUUCCAAAAAUCUAAAAAAUAGAAAAAACCAUCAACUGUUUGUUUACAUUGUAUCCAUCAUUGUUUUUUACUUAAAAUUCAAGUGAUUUAGAAAUUCUACCGCUUUUGAACCCAAUCUACCGACUAGGAGCCCCAAAUCUACCUCUCUUAUAUUGCCAGAGGUUUGCACGUCUGGGUCUGACUUUGUUCAAACUGUGGUUUCCCUUGAUAUUAUCUUGGUUGACUUAAUAAGUGGGUCACAUGGUCAACAACUAGGCCAUAAGGUCAAAUCUUACAGAAAUCUUGGCAACAAACAGAUGCAAUAAAUCCCCUCACAUCUUCAUGAAAUUAAAUCAGAAGAUUUGCCUCAGUGAAAUCUUGGACUGGAUUGAAACUUGGUUAAAUUGGGUCAAAAACUAGGUCACUAGGUCAAAAAACCUUUUGUGUCACUCUAGUGGCUAUAUUUUUGCAAUAUUUCUGAUCCAAUCUCCAUGAUAAAUCUUUCAUUAGUUUGAAACUGGGUAACAUGGGGUCAAAAACUAGGUUAUUAGGGCAAAUCGCAAUGCUUCACUAUAUACAAUAUUCUUUUAGUUCAAACAAUUAUGGCCAACAUCUCAAAUCCAGCUCUGUAUUGCAUGUAUUGGUUACAAUAUUUCACCAACACUUGAUUUCCAUUCCAUCUACUUUGCCUGAUUGGGCUGGGGAUAUCAAUUCAACGAAUUUGUUUGUUUGUUAAUCUAUGAUAUUAAUGCCAGUUUAUGCUUUAUUUAAAAUUUACUCUGUUUUAGGAAUAUAUGUAGUUUGUUCUAAAAUUUGUUGGUGAAAGGGGAUAGCUCAUACUGAAUCCCACUCAAGAUUUGUGUUAGAUAUGGCCUAGACCUUCCUUUCUCUUGCAAGGUGAACAUUUAAAUAUGAGCAUAAUUAAGCAAGAAUUGUUAAAAUAUAUUUAUAGAUGUUUAGAUCAACAACCCAAAAAUAAUUGAUUGUAUGACUUUUUAUUGUAUGAUUGUAAAUGUAGAUCCAUUAAACUUUGUAUGGAACAUUUGAGCAUUA